CCUUAAUGGCUGUGACGCUCUGGCCCUCUGCUCCUUCUUCUUGUUAGGGAACUCAACUCCGGCUGCUCAGCAAAGCGCUGCUGCGUUAAAAUGCUGGUUACGUCCGCCCGAACACUCCUCAGAAGGCGGCUAUGCUCUAUUGAGUUGUUAAAAGAUUAUACGUCAAGGAGAAGUGGUAUUAGCUGUAGUAGCAGUACCUGGGCGGCAGCUAAUGUUGAAGAAGAUGCUGCUGCUGCUUCUUGUUCCUCGUCUGAGUCGGUGUCGGUCGCCUCCCCCUCAGUCAGGAAUAAUAUGCUCCGACGACGACGUUUCGGUAUUCGGAGGAACAACGAGAACCGGAGCACAAAGGAUACGGAUGCCGUAGAGCUGGCAUUGGACUCAGUGGUGAAGAUCUUUACUGUGGCGAGCAGCCCUAACUACUUCCUGCCCUGGCAGAACAAGUCCCAACGAGAGACCAUGGGUUCCGGAUUUGUAAUCGCCGGCAAGAAAAUUCUUACAAACGCUCAUGUAGUUGCUGAUCAUACAUUUGUUCUGGUAAGAAAGCAUGGCUCGCCUACCAAGUAUAAAGCGCAAGUUGAAGCUGUUGGUCAUGAAUGUGAUUUAGCCAUUUUGAGUGUUGAAACUGAAAAGUUCUGGGAGGGUAUGAAUUCCCUUGAGCUAGGGGAUAUUCCUUUUCUGCAAGAAGCUGUUGCUGUUGUUGGAUAUCCUCAAGGUGGGGACAAUAUCUCUGUUACUAAAGGUGUUGUUUCCAGGGUUGAACCUACACAAUAUGUUCAUGGUGCAACCCAGCUUAUGGCAAUACAGAUUGAUGCAGCAAUAAAUCCCGGAAAUAGUGGUGGCCCAGCAAUCAUGGGAAAUAAAGUUGCUGGUGUUGCUUUCCAAAACCUUUCUGGUGCAGAGAAUAUUGGUUAUAUAAUUCCUGUUCCUGUAAUAAAGCAUUUUAUUGCUGGAGUUGAAGAAAGAGGUAAAUAUGUUGGAUUCUGCUCUCUAGGUUUGUCAUGCCAGCCUACUGAAAAUGUUCAACUCCGGAACCACUUUCAAAUGCGUCCUGAAAUGACUGGGGUACUAGUGAGCAAAAUCAACCCUCUUUCGGAUGCCCACAAAGUCUUAAAGAAAGAUGAUGUUGUUCUUUUCUUUGAUGGAGUUCCUGUAGCAAAUGAUGGAACAGUUCACUUCAGGAACAGAGAGCGGAUAACAUUUGAUCAUUUGGUGUCCAUGAAGAAACCCAAUGAAACAGCUGUAGUUAGAGUUUUGAGGGAUGGCGAAGAAUAUGAAUUCACUAUCACCCUUCAACCUUUACAACCGUUAGUUCCAGUUCAUCAGUUCGAUAAACUUCCUAGUUAUUACAUUUUUGCUGGUUUGGUCUUUGUUCCACUCACUCAACCUUACCUUCAUGAGUAUGGAGAAGAUUGGUAUAAUACUUCACCUCGUAAAUUAUGCGAAAUCGCAUUGAGGGAACCACCUAAAAGAGCUGGUGAACAGAUUGUCAUCCUUUCUCAGGUACUCAUGGAUGAUAUCAAUGCUGGAUAUGAACGUCUUGCAGAGCUGCAGGUUAAGAAGGUUAACGGGAUAGAAGUUGAAAAUUUGAAACAUUUAUGCCAACUUGUCGAGAACUGUAGUGAAGAGAGCGUGCGUUUUGAUUUGGAUGAUGAUAGAGUUGUUGUGUUGAACUAUCAUUUAGCAAAAGUUGCGACUUCAAAAAUUCUAAAUUGCCACAGGAUACCCUCUGCAAUGUCUAAUGAUCUUUUAGAGAAAUAAAAUAACUUGCAAACACAGUUGAUUUGCCAAAGCUGUGAUUUGCCCGCACCUCUCUCCUAAAUUGAAGGGCAAGGAUCUUCCUCAUAAUAUCUUGUUCGCAACGGACAAGGGUUGAAAAAUAUUUUUAUCUAUUUCUUGUUCUGGGUAGGACCUGUGAUACUUUUUAUUUUAUUUUUCUCAUUAGUACUGCCGUUUAUAUUCAUUUGACAUACUAAUAUGUAGUUUUUGUUGUGCAAAUAUAUCCCUUAACUUGGCAA